UGAAACAACUAGGGGGCGUAUCCUCUACAUUUGACCAGUUUUCGGCACGUUAACAUUUGAUUUAAUAGGUGUACAGCGAUUGAAAUUAAGGUUAUUCUAAACAGUAAUUUGGUCACAAUAAUUAAUUAAACCGUACGUUAGUACUUUAGUAACCUCGAAGAAAACGUUAGGUUGAGGAACCUGCUGGUCCCUAAGUCUACCAGAUGAGUAUGAGCCAGACUUCAGAACCCUCGAAGGAUUCUCCCCCUGUCACGGAAGACCCGACUCAGUCGGAGGUCGCUAUGACAACGGAGGAGACCAGGGAUAAAAAGGCUGACAAUGCGGUGGAGGAAGAGGAGGAGGAGGAAGAGUAUGUGGUGGAGAAGGUCUUGAACCGUCGGGUGGUGAAGGGGAGGGUGGACUACCUCCUCAAGUGGAAAGGCUUUUCAGAUGAUGACAACACAUGGGAGCCAGAAGAUAAUUUGGAUUGUCCAGACUUGAUUGCAGAGUUUCUGCAGUCUCAGAAAUCAGCCCAAGAGUCUUCGGGCAAGAGGAAGGCGACAGAAUCCAGUGCAGACGGAGAGGAGGGCCGACCGAAAAAGAAAAAGGAAGACCCAGAGAAACUAAGGGGCUUUGCUCGAGGUUUGGAUCCAGAGAGGAUUAUUGGUGCCACUGACUCCACUGGGGAACUCAUGUUUCUCAUGAAAUGGAAGAAUUCUGACGAAGCAGACCUAGUACCUGCAAAGGAGGCAAACAUGAAGUGUCCACAGGUGGUCAUUGCUUUCUAUGAGGAGCGGCUCACAUGGCACUCGUACCCGACCGAGGAGGAGAAGAAAGACGACAAGAACUAAAAAAGUAGUUUGAAGAAGUGAUGUGUUAAUGUUGCAUACUUAUGAGGUAGCAUACUGGGCAGGGGGAGGUGAACUGUAGACAUAGGGACUAGGACAGAAGACAACAUUUUGACUAUGUCUCAAAUACCACCCACUACGUACAACUCAUCUGGAUAUUAUAAAAGUUAGUAUAUACAUACACUAAGGGUAUGCUUGAGGUGACCCAACCCAGAGAAAUGCCAGAUUCAGUGUUACAUUUGUAAUUCUCCAGUGAAGGUUUAUUUGGAAACUCCCCAAAAUACUUUUGCAAACCACUUCAUAAAGAGGUCCAAGCCUUUUCUGCUCUGACAUUGUAUUGUGGAAAUGUUACCAGGUAUGGUUUUACCAACAAGACAGCAGUGUCACUUUGUGUCUAACCGUAUUGUUUUGAAGCUGUUGCAAAGCACUUUUCACUUGCUCAUCUUGAGAUUUAUAAUAGUGGAUACUGAUGACAUUUCUUAAAUCCUAUACUUUUACUGUUCAUUUGUUCUUUUUAUCAUUUGAAUUCACAUUUUCAUGAACAGCUCUUUCUCGUCUGUUUCCGGAAAAUAAACCACCU